UCCACCGCGGAGGGGCCGGUGCCCGCCCUGUUGACUUCCGCUCGGUAGUAGUAGCUGCUGGAGAGACCUUGUUUGACGUACGAAGCGGGGAUGCAGGAGUGAGAAGGCGGCCAAGGAGAAAAGCGAGACUGUGAGGCGAAGAGGUGGGGGGGAGGCGAGCUAGGCGACCCCCGCUUAUCAUCCCAGGGCCGGGAGACGAUCCUGAGGCUCUUCCCGCGCCCACCACCCACCUCCCGCCUUUCCCUCUUUUGGUGAAGCCCGAGCUGGUGAAGUGCAGCCAUGAACGAGACCGGAGAGGAAGGGGACUAUGACUUCUUCGAAAAUGUGACUUGUGAAAGUCCAAUAGAAAUGGAGCCUUUUCUACGCUACUCCCUUGCUCCAUCGCUCCUGAUCAUAAUAAUCUUGUCCUUUCUUGAAACAAGAACAAGAAGAUGCUGGCUUGAUGAAAAAUUGCCUCGGUGCAGUGGCUGUAUUGGGGUGUUGACACCUAUGGAUUCCCUCAACGUAUUCAGCAACCGAUGGACCCUUGGAUUCGCUUUUGGAGUUAUUGCUGAUAAACUGAUAUUUCUGUUUGAAAAAGAUUACUUUCCAGAGGGAUUUCCUUCCUGGGCUAAAGUUUUCUGGGUGAUGCUCUUAGCCAUAGAAGUGGGUGUCUCUUCAUACCCUUUCUUUGUCUGUCUUUCAACAAGAUACACCAUGACGGGAGCGGUGCUUGGGUUCCUUUACACAGCAGCUUGGCUAGCAGUCACGAUUGUAGACAGUCUGCACUGCCCUGAGGAAGACUUUUUAGGCGAAUAUAACAAAAUAAUUCUGCUAUGGCCAUCUUUGGUGUGCUACGUUUUCCUCCUAGGACAAUUUGUUCGCCUUUUUGUGAAAGCCAUAAGAGCACGGUAUGGCCUAGAUUCUCUAGAUGAGGAGACAUCCCUGCUAGAGGCAUCUCAGGCUCAAUAUGUCCAUCGCCUGCUGAGGAAACCUCCCUUGGAGCAACCUCAGAAAUCAUGGUUUCGGAAGAAGUUGUACGAAUGGGAUCCUUACUUCCAGUUCCCAAGCAGGAUCAUUAGCACAACUGUGCUUAUCAUCGUUAGCCUUUAUAUAUUUGUUUUAGGUGAAUUUAUUUUGGUCCAGAGUCUAAUGAAAAUGAUCAGAAAAUUAUUUGAUAUCAUCAAAGUGAAAUUCUAUGACGGGUCAGAGGAAAUGACAUCGUUUUUCUAUAUUAUUGAAGAAUUUCUUGAUAUCACCAAAGGUGCUUGGUUUUUCUCCAUGGCUUUUUCGUCUGUCACGUGCAUUGGUUAUGUAUUUAACCUCUUAGCCUGUUACAGGAAACAGAUAAAGCUGCUCCGGGCUGGCAAGAAGUACCUCCUAGUGCCAGAAUCUAUAACAAUAUCUCCUUCCCUAAGUGUGAUAUCACUAGGGAUAUUCACAGCCUGGCAAGUUGCAUAUAUCCUUUGGGGCUACCUCAUCAUGCAUCUGUUGGAAACGGUGCUUGGAAUGGUUCUCAUGUAUGUUCUGAUUUUGCCCAUGAAGCGUGGUGAGUGGAUGGAACUUCUCAACAAGUGGGGGCUUGUAAUCCUUCCAAUCAUCAUCGUCAUGAUUAUCAAGAAGGUGCAGAUUUUUGUAGCUGGCAGGGUUUUUCUCCAGCCAAAGAUAUCACCUAAAGACAAGGAGAAGCCUUUGGCGCUUGACAACCGGUUAGUGCCAGGAAGUGAGACUCUUCCUGCUGUUUACUUCCUUGAAUAGUUAUUUCACUGCA